AUGUGGGUGCCAUGGUUGGCGUUCCUUCCUCUGAUGGCAGCAGCGAUGCGUGUCGAUCCAGAACGGAUUGCUGCCCGAUUAAGAAUUGAAGCAGAGACUUCAAAUGAUCUCGACGAUUUACGAAGUGGACGAGGUCGACGGCAACUGCAACCAAAGGAGAUUAGUAUACAGGUGACAGCACCUCUGUUCUCAUCGCGACUUUUCGAAUUCGGUAAGGAUGCCGAAGACAACGAGGUUCCUCAGGCCCUGGAUGUCGGGAAGAAAGUCCAGCUAACCAAUCCAGUCAACUUCUAUGGAGAAGAUUACAACACCCUUUAUGUACUCUCAAAUGGUGCUAUCGGGUUCGAACCAAACGCUCGUGCCUACAAAGCAGGCCUAUUUCCGAGUGGUGCGAGAAUGAUUGCGCCAUUCUGGAAUAGGAAUGAUCUUCGGAAAGGUGGUCAUGUCUACUACCGAGAAGUUACCAAAGGUAGAGUGUUGGAACGAGGCCAGAGCGAAAUCCGGUACCAAUACGACCGGUCUGUCACUGUGAAAUCAGCUGUGAUUGUCACUUGGGAAAAAAUGCAACCGCUUGAAGGCACUUCUGCUCUACCUGAAGAGAACACAAAUACCUUCCAAGCUGCCCUAUUCAUCACGGACAAUGGCACUUACGCGAACUUCAUCUACAGCAACAUAGGCUGGACCCAAGGUGCUGAGGCUGGUUUCAAUCGUGGCGAUAACUCCGAGCACUAUGCUCUGCCGACAUCGGGUACUGGAAACAUCAUGUACUUGGAGGAAUACGGUAAUACAGGAAUACCCGGAGAAUGGAUGUUUGAAUUGGGUGAGAAGCGGGUGAUCCGAUGUAAACAAGGCAUCAAGGGUGAUACAUGCGAUGAAGAGUGUUCAUCAGGGGAAUGGGGUGCCGAUUGUGCAUCAUGUUGUCACUGUGGGGAAGGAACAUGUCACCCGUUGACUGGUGAAUGUCCCAAAGGAUGUGCCGAGUGUUGGUUGGGAACCAAUUGCCAGACAAAAAAAGAAAAUUGUCAUGCCAGACCAUCAGCUCAAUGUGCUCCAAAUGCAAUUUCAUUCACCGACUACGAUCGUUGUGGGGAACCAUUGCAAAGGUGUCAAUGCUUAUCAGGGUUCAAAGGGGACGGCUACAAAACUUGUCAUGGUGAUGGUGUCACGGAAUGCGUCGCUUCGUUCCUUUUCCCAUCUGACUCCCACCAACCUCUGCCGAAGAGUAAAACGUCCAAGGUUUUAUGGCAACUCAAAUCACCAAUGAAAUUGUUUGGAAAGACGUAUGACAAGAUUACGGUGACAACUUCUGGCUUGCUUUCGUUGACGGAUGUGCCAAAAACGUUUGGAGAUAGUCUGGAACAUAUGCAUAUGACUGGAGUGGCACCAUUCUUCGCUCCCAUCGACACGAGUCGGGGAGGGCAUGUCACAGUGGCUGAAGUUACCGACUCGGAUACAUUGACGCGCGUCACACGUAGCAUUCAAGAGAACUACCAGGAGCCUACAUUCCAAGCCAAGAACGUUCUGAUUGUGACGUACAUGAACGUCACCGACGGCAGAGCCCAGAGAGGAAACACCUUCCAAACGUUGCUCAUCGGCGGAACAAACAGCAAACAAGAGAAAAUGACGUUCGCUCAAAUGCUCUACAAGGAUAUGCAAUGGGGUGAAGGGGCUGAGGCAGCAAUCAUGACUAACGACAUCUCAUCGUCUGUCAGUCUACCUGGCUCGGGUACACAGGGCAUCGAACAGCUUACCCAACUCAGCAACGUUGGCCAGCCAGGAGUUUGGCUAUUCAGAAUUGAUGGUCCAACUAUCCAGCCAUGCCCACUGGAUGGACAGCAACCACCAUAUUGCCAAACGAAAACGCGGCCAGCCGAGCGAAUAUUACCGCCAAGACCACCAAGUCAACGUUCGUUCUUUUCCUUCCUAGGCUUUGUUGUUGGUUAA